AUGGCACGCCGAAGGUACACCUGUCUCAACGUGCUCUCGGUCUACGCGCUGGGACGGCCGCGGGCUAAAAUUGACCGCUUCUACGACGAUCUGGAUCGCGUGCUCAAGGCGCUGCCUCCGCGUGACAUCACGGUCAUCGGCGGUGACUUCAACGCCAAGCUCGGCCAGCGCGAAGCCAACGAGGCCUUCAUGGGCCGGUUUUGCCGCGGCUACCGCAACGCGAACGGCGAAGCUCUCGCCGACCUCUGCGUCAGCCAUGAUCUCGAGGCGGUCAACACAAUGUUUCCCAAGCGCGCCAAGAACCUCACGACGUGGACGCGCAACUGCGGCUCGUGCACUGUGCACAACCAGAUCGACUACGUCUUGUGCCCACGCGCCAUGGUCGAGUCGUGUCUCGACGCGCACAGCAGUGGGCGGCCUCCAGAUCCGAACAAGCCCCAAGGCGUGUGCUCGAGCCUCCGCCCGAUGGUGCUGCUCAACUGCAUCCUCAAAGCCGUCUCUGUGAUGGUGCUCAAGCGGAUCCAGCCGAAGCUCGACGAGCAGAUUGGCGCGUAUCAGAGCGGCUUUCGCCCUGGACGCAGCACGGCCGAUGUCGUGUGGUCACACAAGUGGUGCGUCGCCCGGAUCCGCCAGUAUAAAGAGCAGUUCUCUAUCCUAGGUAUCGACGUCUCACGCGCGUUCGACUCGAUCGACCGCGCGAAGCUCCUCACGGUGCUUCGGGGCUUCCUCGACAAUGACGAAGUUGGCACGUGGGCCCUGACGCCAACGAGUCUGGCGGACCUUGACAGCUUCUAUCGCCGGCAGCUGCGCCGCCUUCUAGGUAUCUUUCACCCAAGCAAGCUCAGCGUCGUCGCCCGCCAGCGCUGGCGCCUGCUGGGCCUCGUGUUGCCCAUGAGUCCGAUCGUCCUGCACCGCGACCUCCAGUCGUUGACGCCGCCUCAGUCGCUGGCGUCUCUCGAGGACCUCAACCAACUGCGUAGCUUUGCCGACGACAACAAAGCCUGGAAGGCCUUUACACAGCGAGUCGUCAUGGGCCUCAUCCGCGGCCACAAGCACCCCCGGACGACCACAGAAGAGCAAAACGAGCCCGCGCACCGCCGCCUGCGCAGCCACGGCCCGGUGAACGAAUGA